AUAUAAUAGAUUAGACAACUCCGCACAUGCAAGUUGUUUUAGGGUUUUCUUCUUUCACUAUAACACCGCCACUCUUCCUUUGGAUAACACAGUAAUGACAGAUCUCUCUACUAAUCGCCGCCUCUAAUCUCUCUACCUCCGUUGUCACCGAUCAGCCUUCUUUGCCUUACAUUGCUUUUGCCUGUUAUGUCCAACAAUGUCUUGCCUCAGCCUUUGCCUGUAAGUACACAAAUGGGUCCAUGCGUUGGUGUGUCUACUCCGGAAGUGAGAUUCUUGUCAGAACCAAACUGUAACUAUCAAGAGGCUCAGAUCUCUGUGAGGCAGGAUUGUAAUGUAAUGAUGCAGUCAUCGUUUGUGCCUAAUGGUGCUAUUGAUACAACUCAGUUACAUGGUAAGAGGAAAACACUGUCGCAGCCUAUGUCUCAUUCUCAACCAUUGGCUGUGCAAAAUAAACGGAUGGUACCGAACCGAGCAUGGGCGUCUGACCUAAAUAAAGGUCCCAAGUCAGCUUCUCUUUCGCCUAAAACACAGUAUUUGCCUGCUUCAUCAUUAUGUACGAAUACUUCUUUUUCUUGUAAUAAACCUGGGAAGCUAACUACAACGAGGAAACAAGUUUCACAGCCGCUGAAACCUCAAAACGAGUCUUCUAAUAUUGUGAGGUCCAAAAUGAGAGAAUCGUUAGCUGGUGCACUGGCAAUGGUACAGUGCCAAAAGGAUGCUACCAAGGAGUCAAAAACGUUACAUAGCGAGCCAGAGUUAGCUGCUUCUGGAGUUGAUGUGAUGGUGUCUAAUGGGAGCCUCAAUGAUUCUAGUUUUGGAGGAGGUAUCUCUGUUCAGACUGAGUUCUUAGCCAUGGCCAAGACAAGUGAUACCCAAGACUUUGCUGCACAAGAGCCUUCUCCGCAAGCCAAUGUUUCAUAUACUAACAGUGUGUUUACAAAAGAUUAUCUUUUGCAAGGGACUGGUGACCUCUCUUGGGCUCUUGAGUCAGAUUUAGAGUUUACAGAAAAUUGUCAAAAUGAAAUGACUGCAGCAGCGGCUAAUGGUGGGAGCCAGGAAAAAUUGCUGCUGGAUCCAAAAGUGUUGGCGUUUAAAAUAGAAGGAGAACUCUUCAAGUUAUUUGGCGGCGUGAAUAAGAAGUACAAAGAGAAAGGAAGGUCGCUCUUAUUCAAUUUGAAAGACAAGAGUAAUCCUAAGCUCAGGGAAAAGGUUAUGUACGGAGAAAUUGCAGCAGAGCGGUUGUGUUCAAUGUCAGCUGAGGAACUCGCUUCAAAGGAACUAGCGGAGUGGCGGCAAGCCAAAGCAGAAGAGAUGGCUCAGAUGGUUGUUCUGCAGGAUACAGAGGUGGAUAUCAGAAGCUUGGUGAGGAAAACACACAAAGGAGAGUUCCAAGUGGAAGUGGAGCCAAUGGAUAGUGGCUCACUGGAGAUCUCUGUGGGGUCGAGUUCGCUUAACUGGUCUCGACCAAAGAAUAUCAAGAAGAAAACACCUGGUGGAGUCAAGAAUGAGUCUAGUGAGGGCUCUGCACUAAUUAACGGUGUCACAGUAGAUGAUGAGAUGCAGGCUGCCACUGGAUCUCUUCCUCCAAUUGUUUCUCUUGAUGAGUUCAUGUCAUCCAUAGAUCCAGAAUCUCCAUCUGAGUCUUCAGGUAUUGGGAAAGGACCUUCCGUAUCAGAUCAUAAUGAUGCAGAGGCUAAUAUUGAUAUUGGUACAUUACCAGUUAAGGCCGAGGGUGAUGACUUAGUAUCCUCAAUGUCUCAUUCUGAUUUGAAAUCUGUUUUCAUACCUGCGGGUGAACGUCUAUGGGAAGGUGCACUCCAGUUGAGUGUUUCUUCUCUGAUCUCUGUCAUCGGCAUUCUGAAAAGUGGUGAAAAGACUACUACAAAAGAGUGGCCUAUGUUGCUUGAGAUCAAGGGUAGAGUCAGAUUAGAUGCAUUUGAGAAGUUUGUACGAGAGCUCCCAAACUCCAGGAGUCGUGCUGUAAUGGUAUUAUUUUACUGCUUGCAAUUUCACAUUCAUUGCUUGAAAGCUGUCUACUUGGCUAAAGUUAUGUGUUUCGUCUGCAAAGAAGAGUGCUCCAAGACAGAACAAGACACCAUUUCUGAGGUGGUGGAUUCAUACUGUAAAGAUGAGAGAGUGGGUUUCGCUGAACCGGUUUCAGGAGUUGAGCUUUACCUUUGCCCAACACGUGGCAGAACCACCGAGAUUUUAAGCAAUAUUGUUCCAAGAAACCAACUUGAUUUCUUGAAAUCUUUAGAUGAUGAUGGUCUUAUAGGUGUUGUUGUAUGGAGAAGACCACAAUUAAAAAAACCACCACUAUCUUACUCUCAUCACAAGAACCACGGUUCUUCGUUAACCACACUUAAUACGUCUCGUUACGGUAACAUGCGAGAGGUCAACAACCAUGACGACGGUGGUGAUGUGCCGCCGGGGUUUGGUCCAACGGCCGUGGCUAGGGAUGAUGAUGAUGACUUGCCUGAAUUUAACUAUUUGUCUCGUGGAGAUGUUGUCAUGGACCGGACCAGCCGGUCCGAUUCUGUAAGAGAGCUAAUUCAUAAAUAUGGAAAAUCUGAACCUUUGUGGAAUCAAGGUUAUUAUAAUAAUUGCGACAAUGGCAUACUACCAGAAUGGCAGUCUCAACCAAACCCAACGAACGUAAAUGGUGGCUCAAUGGUUAGACUACGUAAUGAGUGGUGGAGGCAUCAGGCUGGAGGAUAUUAAAUGACUUUUUAUCCAAAUUUUGAAAAUUUGUUUGUUUGGUUUGUAAUGUAGAUGCUUCUUAAAACUGAGUGCUUUUAUUUUUUUAUCAAGAUCUUUGAAUUUUGCGUUCUUAA